UCAGGUCCCGCGGAGACAGCGGCGCGCGAGAGGCCUCUGCCUGUGCGCUGAUUGGUCGCGAGCCGAGGCCAAUCCCGCCGCCUGUUUUCCGUGCUGCAGAAGUCGCUGGGGUCUCGGCGGAGUCUCGGACCUGUAGACGCCGAGCUGCUCUGCAAGUCGCCAUGCCGCGUGGAAGCCGGAGCCGCACCUCCCGCAUGGCCCCUCCGGCCAGCCGGCCACCUCAGAUGAGAGCGGCGCCUAGACCAGCGCCGGCAGCUCAGCCUCCGGCAGCUCAGCCUCCGGCAGUGGCUCCACCAGCUGCUGUCGGCUCACCUGCUGCUGCGCCCCGGCAGCCAGGUCUCAUGGCCCAGAUGGCGACCACUGCAGCUGGCGUGGCUGUGGGCUCUGCUGUCGGGCACACGGUAGGUCAUGCCAUCACCGGGGGCUUCAGUGGAGGAGGCAAUGCUGAGCCUUCGAGGCCUGACAUCACUUACCAGGAGCCUCAGGGAACCCCGGCCGCACAGCAGCAGCAGUUUGGCCCAUGCCACUAUGAGAUGAAACAGUUUCUGGAGUGCGCCCAGAACCAGGGUGACCUGAAGCUUUGUGAAGGUUUCAGCGAGGUGCUGAAACAGUGCAGAUUUGCAAAUGGUAGGAUUAGCCUAAUCAAGAAGUUCAAAUUGAAGAUAUGGAAAAUCAUCUCUCAUAACCAAGUUAAUUUAGCAUAAAAAUAUAAUUGAAGGUGAAUAUGUAAGAUGUAAAACCACCAGUAAGCUUCUCCUUCAUCAUUAAAUGCAGCUUUCUUCAGAAUUGGAAUGAAAAAUGUUGUUCUUACUGUAUAGAAGUUCAUUGAGAUGGUUUGAAUUUGGGGUUGGGCAGAUGUUUGUGUGCCUCCUUAUAUCACCUUUUGUGAUGUUCUCAUUUGUGAAUUAAUUAGAAUAAAGUGAUUUUCUC